CAUUUUAGGAUACAAAAAUUACAAAUUAUAUUAAAAUCAUAGUAUUCAAUAUAUUUCCCUGCCUUUUUGGUGAUGAAAACUUUUCAUCAUUCACGAUCACUUAUUGAUAAUGGUAAUUGUGGGACUAAAGAUUUGGAUCAAUAUAUAUCUGGUAACAUUGUGGGAACUAACCAGCAUUCCAGCUCCGAUGAGCAUUGUGGAAAUGUUAUUACCAGUGAAACUUAUUUACCUAGGGGUGAUGAAGAGAAACUCGAUGUUCACGCACAAUAUAUAAUGGGCGGUUUGGUUUGUCAAACUGAGAAAUCAGAAAACUGUGGGCAGAACCAGUCACAUGUUGAUAUUGACAUAAAACCUGAUUUAAAUUUACAAACCAACAGUAGACAUGGACCAUAUGUUUGCCAAACAUGUGGGAAGGAAUUGAAGGGGAAACAAAUUUUGAAAGUGCACAUGAGAACUCAUACAGGAGAGAAACCAUAUAUUUGUAAACAAUGUGGGAAGAGUUAUUCGCAAUCAUCCCAUUUAAAUGUGCACAGGCGAACUCACACUGGAGAGAAACCGUAUGUCUGUAAGAUAUGUGGAAAGGGAUUUUCGCAAUUAUCCCAUUUACGUGUACAUGACCGAAUUCAUUCUGGAAUGAAACCCUAUAUUUGUAAAGAUUGCGGUAAAUGUUUUUCCCAGUUAGCUGCUCUAAAUAGGCAUGAACGAAGUCAUACCGGAGAUAAGCCUUAUGUUUGUAAACAAUGUGGAAAGAAUUUUACUAGACCAUCCACGUUACAUUCUCAUGAGCGAAGUCACACUGGAGAAAAACCUUAUGUUUGUAAACAGUGCGGAAGAGCUUUUCCAAGAUUGAAAAGUUUAUGUAGACACGAGAAAACUCAUAGUGGAAAUAGGCCUUUUGUUUGUAAAUACUGCGCAAGGGCUUUUUCACGAUUAUCCACUUUACGAGAUCAUGAACGAACUCAUACUAAAGAAAAACCUUAUGCUUGUAAACAAUGUGGAAAGAGUUUCACUCGUUCAAACAAUUUACAAGUGCAUAAGCGAAUUCACACUGGGGAAAGACCUUAUGUUUGUGAACAAUGCGGAACACGUUUUGUAGAAAAAUCUACUUUACGUAAGCAUGAGCGAAUUCAUACUGGAGUAAAGCCGUACAUUUGUAAACACUGUGGUAGAAGCUUUGCCCGAUCACACACAUUACGAGCGCAUGAGCGAACUCAUACUGGAGAGAAACCGUAUAUUUGUAAACAAUGUGGUAGCAGCUUUACGCGAUUGCCUGGAUUACAAGUGCAUGAGCGAACUCAUACUGGAGAUUAUUUUUGUAUAUUCUGUAUUAAAAUCAUGGAAUCCACUGAAAAUCUAUUUCCCUGCCUUAUCUGUGAUGAAAACCUCUCAUCAGGGCCAAGAUUGAAAAAGCAUAUGUUUUUGCACAUUGACGAUGGAACUGGCGAUUUGAAUGAACAUGCAACUGAUAUGCCUAUCAACACUGUGAAGGAGCAUUACGGAGAAGUUAUUGCAAGUAAAACUUCUUCACAUAGUGAUGGUGAAAAGAAACUCUAUGUUCUUGUGCAAUGUCGAGAGAGUGGUUUGAUCGAUAAAACUGGAACUGGGAAAAUUGAUGUAACCUAUAUAAACACUAUCAUCAGACCAGGGUCAAAUUUACAAACUAGCAGUGAAGAUAAACGAAUUCUUUGCCAACAAUGCGGGAAGAACUUCAAAUCAAAUCAGAAUUUAAAUCUGCAUAUGAGAACCCAUACUGGUGAAAAACCUUACAUAUGUAAGCAAUGCGAAAAGGCUUUUACACAACUAUCUCAUCUAAAAGUGCACAAGCGAACUCAUACUAGAGAAAAACCCUAUAUUUGUAAACAAUGUGGAAAGUGUUUUACACAGUCAUCGCAUUUACGAGUGCAUAAGCGAAUUCAUACUGGGGAGAAACCCUAUAUCUGUAAACAAUGUGGUAAAAGUUUUUCGCAAUCAUCUAGUUUACAAGAUCAUAUACUAACUCAUACUGGAGAGAAACCUCAUGUUUGCAAGCAAUGUGGAAAAUGUUUUUCACGAUUGUCUAAUUUACAAGUACAUGAGCGAACUCAUACUGAAAAGAAAUCUUAUGUUUGUGAACAAUGUGGAAAAGUUUUUUUGCAGCCGUCCGGUUUACAUGUGCAUAAGCGAACUCAUACUGGGGAGAAACCUUAUGUUUGUAAACAAUGUGGUAAGAAUUUUUCACACAUAUCCAGUUUACAUACCCAUGAGCGAAUUCAUACUGGAUAGAAACUUCAAAUUUGUAAACAUUGUGGCAUCUUUGUUUUUAUCAAGUUUAUGUGUGAAUGAACAAAGUCACUUGAAAGACUUCUUAUGUAUGUAAAAAAUGUGGUAAGGAUUCGCGCAAUUACUUCAUUUAGAUUGGUAUGAGCAAACUCACACAUGAAAAAGACCCGACCCUGUUUACAAUUAAUGAUGAGCUUUUUGAGUAAAAUUCAUUUACAAAAACAAUUUAUACUGACAACAUAAGGAAGAACCCACAUGUUUGUGUGCAUUGUAUAAAAGGUUUCUUACAUAAUGUAUCGUUAGAAAGACGUUUGCCCUAUGCUUGUAAGCAACGUAAUGCAAUAACCUAAUUACAAUGCAGGUAUAAUUUACUUGUGUUCUUUUGAAAUUUUGGUUGAAUUUAAAAAGUCGAAACUCUGAAAAUGUUUUUAUACAAGUUUUGAAAUAUUUUCUGCCAUAUUCAUUCGUGCGUUUGUUUUUAUACUAGGAGAAUAAUAAAUGACAUUAAUAGUUAUUUUAUUGGCCAUUAGGCAAUGUGGGAUAUAGUCUUUAGAUCCGAAAUCCUUUAAACUGCGAUGCCAACAUUGUUAGACAAUUCGAGAAAAGAAAUUUUUGUACUAUAUUUUGUCCUUAUCGUGACGGAGGAAAAAAUACAUGAUUUUACUUAUUUUUUUAACAAGCUAAUUUAAUUCCAAGUUUCAAAUAACCAAUGAGAUUAAAAUAUUUUUCUCUUGGUGUAGAAUAUGUACUAUUCAUUGUGCCUUGAAAACUUAGAUCGUUAAUGAUGAUGACGGUAUCAUAAUGAAGUUCUAAGGGCACUUUCACAAUUGUAAAUUGAUUUUUACAAAUCUAUAAGCCAGGGAUGGCCAAUACCGAAUAGUUCACUAUUUCGAAUACAUUCGAAAUUAUUUUUUUCGAAUAUGAAAUUUCGAGUACUUCGAAAAUAAAAUCCACUAAUUGAA